AAGAAGAGGCAGUAAAUUUGGCAGGAGAAUAUGAUCUCUCUGGUUUUGGAUUUUUUCAACGUGGAAGUGUUCAAGAGUUUAUGAAGUUUUUUUCAAAAACCGUUGCAGAAAGAACAAAUCCAGGACAAAGGUUGAGCGUUGAAGAGAACAAUUACGUAUUUUAUUCUCACGCAAGAACCGAAGGCCUUACUGGAAUCAUUAUUUGUGAUAACGAGUAUCCGCAACGAGUAGCUUUUUCUUUGUUGAGUAGAGUUCUCGACGAAUUUCUUACAAAAUUUGAUCGAACUACGUGGAAAUCACAAACAAUUUCUUAUCCCGAACUUAAAACUUACUUGAUAAAAUAUCAAGACCCAAAAGAGGCUGAUCAAAUUAUAAAAGUUCAGGAACAAUUAGAUGAAACCAAAUUAGUUAUGAACAAGACAAUUGAAAGCCUCUUGCAACGUGGUGAAAAGUUGGAUGACCUUAUUGAUAGAUCUCAAGAAAUUUCAUUUCAAUCAAAAGCAUUUUAUAAACAAGCGAAGAAGGUUUUUGCUGCACUAUUUCAUGAUUCAUCAUAG